GCCAUCUUGAGGAGACCCCAAACGCAGCGCUGGUGUAUGACUGACAACAAUCUCAAGCGCAUCAUGAUGGGAUUACUCACUAACAAGUAAAACAGCAUCACACCUGCUCUGCGUUGCACGCGUUGAAGUGAAGGAGCAGAGCUGCCCGGCGCGUGCUCCCCUCUCCCGGUAGUUUUCCUGCAGAGAGGGGCUGGCUGCAGCCCGAUGGCCGGCUAGCUGCUCUCUGGACUCCGCCGCGGCCUGCUCGGGAGGAGGAAGGGUGGUGACGGCGCAAAAUGCUAUACCGCUGACUCCCAACAAGACAGUUAUCCUACCCAGAGACUCGCUGCGAGGUGGACGACGAGCACGAUGCACUUAUAGAUUUUUUUAAAACGCUCUUAACUUUCCGCAUUGUUUUGUUGUGUGUCGGGGCGACAGUGAGUGUCGUCUUGCGUACCCUGAAUUCCCAGUCUGAGACAUGUCAUCUAACUGCACCAGCGCAGCGCCUGUCAGCGCUAGCAAAACCAAGACGAAAAAGAAGCAUUUUAUAGGACAGAAAGUGAAAUUAUUCCGUGCAAGUGAGCCCAUUCUCAGCGUUUUAAUGUGGGGUGUCAACCAUACGAUUAACGAGUUAAGUAACGUGCCUGUACCAGUAAUGCUGAUGCCAGAUGACUUUAAAGCCUACAGUAAGAUCAAAGUGGACAACCACCUAUUUAACAAAGAAAACCUGCCUAGUCGCUUUAAGUUCAAAGAGUACUGUCCCAUGGUGUUCAGGAACCUGAGGGAGAGGUUCUGCAUCGACGACCAGGACUACCAGAACUCUUUGACGAGGAGCGCCCCACUCAACAGCGACUCCCAGGGUCGCUUCGGCAACCGCUUCCUGUCCAGCUACGACCACCGCUUUGUCAUCAAGACCGUGUCCAGUGAGGACAUCGCCGAGAUGCACAACAUCCUAAAGAAAUAUCACCAGUUUAUCGUGGAGUGUCAUGGCAACACGCUGCUCCCUCAGUUCCUGGGCAUGUACCGGCUGACGGUGGACGGGGUGGAGACCUACAUGGUGGUGACCCGGAAUGUUUUCAGCCACCGCCUCACCGUACACCGCAAAUACGACCUUAAGGGUUCUACGGUCUCAAGGGAAGCGAGCGACAAGGAGAAGGUACGUUUUAUUGCUGUGCAGGUGACGGCAGCUGAUGGGACAAAAAUAAACGCCCUUAGCUUAUCACAGAGGCAAACCUGCCAAAUGACGGCUAAAUGAAGCAUGUUUAAGUAUGCAGAUGGAUUCUAGUAGUAGCUUUUGCACUGGCCUCAUAUGAUCAGUGUGUACUACUCAGUGGAGGAGGAAGUACUUGGAUCCUU